AUGGCUCCCACUGGUCUUCUCAACUCCUUUCUCGCCGCCAUCCAAGCCAGUCUCAGUGUGCUGCUGGUCAUCUUCUACGGCGGCCUCGCCGCACACCUCAACCUACUCAACCAAGCCAACAGCAAGGCCAUCUCCAAGCUAUGCGUGCGCAUGUUCCUGCCCGCUCUCCUGGUCGUCAAAAUCGGCUCGGAACUGCACCCAGACUCGGCCCAACGCUACCUGAUCAUCUUCAUCUGGGCCAUCCUCUGCCACCUGGUUUCCUUUGUCCUGGGCAUCGUGGCCCACCUCUGGCUCGGCAUGCCCGACUGGACCACCGUCGCCCUCAUGUUCAACAACACCACCAGCUAUCCACUCCUGCUCAUCGCCGCCCUGGACGAAACCGGCAUUCUCAGAUCUCUGAUCGUGACCGACGAAACGACCCGAGCCGCCGUGGAGCGAGCCAAAUCCUAUUUCCUGGUCUUCGCCACCGUCUCCAGCUGUUUGACCUUCGCCGUCGGUCCUCGUCUGAUCGACUCCGAACAUCCUCCUGAACAAGAAGACGACGAAGACGAGGACGGAGAAGAAAAAGACUCGGAUGUCGAUCCCAACGAGCACAUCCACACUCAUGACACUGACCCUGACACUGACCCCGAAGACGACGGACCUUCCGAACAAACAGGUCUUCUCGAUCGUCAACGACACUCAUCCCUCACCCCAUUCGGCCAACAACACAACUCAUUCUUCCCCUCCCUUCGCAAACUCUCGACCGCAGCAGCCAAGACAGCCAACAAGCAGCAGCGACAACGUCGCCGCACGUCCAUAUUCACAUCCUCCCCGAUACAAAUCAUGCAGAACCGUCGCGCAUCAAUCGUCCCACGCAAGCAAUGGGUUCAUCUCAGUCCCCGAACCAAGUGGUGGCUCCUGUUCAUCUCGGAUUUCUUCAACGCCCCGCUCCUGGGCGCCAUCAUCGGCACCGUCAUCGGGCUGAUCACUCCGCUCCAUCGGGCAUUCUUCAACGACACCGAAGACGGCGGCGUUUUCACCGCAUGGCUGACCUCCUCGCUCGACAAUAUCGGUGGGCUUUUCGUGCCGCUGCCGGUCCUAGUUGCCGGCGUGUCGCUCUAUACUUCGAUGCGAGAAGUUCGGAGAAAUGCCAUUGCUCGGCGAAAGCUCGGUAGCGUCAGCGAGGAGGAUGAUGAGACGUCGUCACUCCAGGACGCUGACACCGUGGAAGCCGGAAAUGGACAUGGAAACAGUCAGGCAAAUGGCCCCUCCAGCACCGCAGCGGGCAAAGCAAAAGCUCAAGCAAACCAAACCUCAAAAUCGACGAAAUUGCCCUGGCUGACCGUCACGUACAUCCUGGUCAUCCGAUUCAUCAUCUGGCCUAUUGCGUCCAUCGGCCUGAUCCAUGCUCUGGCGGCCCGCACCAACAUCCUCGGAUCGGACCCUAUGCUGUGGUUCACCAUGAUGCUGAUGCCCACGGGCCCGCCGGCCAUGAAGCUGAUCACCUUGGUGCAAGUCAGUGACUCGACCGACGAGGAUGAGAUGAAUAUUGCCAAAUUACUCACGGUGAGUUUGAAACCGUCUCUUAAUGUCUUCGAACUAUCGUUGCUGCCCCCUCAACUUUUCUUUUCCCUCUCCAGUCUUCUUUGCGUCGAGCUCAUGCCAUGA